AUGAUGACAUCCAGCAGGCAGAACUAUUCUACACCUAUGGUCAACAACUUGGCCAAAAAAGUAGAUCGAAAUGCUUUACAAAGCCACGGGCCAUGGGAUAAUGAAGUGGAAUCCCCCCAAAUUCUUCAUGUUGCAAGCAAUAAUGCCAGCACAUCUGAAAGUUUUAACAUCAUGGAUAUGAAGUUUGCCUCCCUUGAACAGAAAUUAGAUAAGGUGUUGACUCUGCAAGACAGCGUUCUUAAGAAGCUCAACAGUGUUUCUCAAAAAAUCUGUUGCGUUGAACAAGACGUUGAGAUUGUAAAGGCAGAAGCUUCUGAAUCUGGAUCCAAGAUGGAACGACCUAAAAAUCUGAGAAGUGAUGAAAUGAAGAGACUUUGCCUUAAAAUGAAAAAAUUCCUUUCUGCUAUGAACAGGAAUGCAGAGCGGCAAGUUAAAAGACUAGACAGACUGGAAGAAAAUGUUACUGGAUUGCAGAAGCUUGUAGGACCUUUGGUUGAGAAGGUUAAAACAUUAGUAAUUCAUCAUUUAAGUGUAAAACACCAUGCUCAAAAACGUAAGUUUUGCAAAGCAGGUGAUUAUACAAAGGGAGCUGAACAUCUUUUUAGGAUGCAGAUACUCCCGGACCCAGCAGAUGAUGCCCUGCUCCAGAAGAGUGAAAAGGUUUUCAAAGAAAAGUUGCAUUUGAGUGAAACAGGAACAAAUUCUACAAAAGAACAGAAACCGCCAGAUUUCGCAGAGGGAGCCAUCGAGAAGAGCCAGUCCUGCUCUCACAAAGAGAAAGUUCAUAAACUCAACAAGGAAAAUGCUGAGAAAGCAAGUUCUGUUCUACUUCAAAUGGAUUCUGCAAGACUUUCAACUGAAGGGCCAAAGCAGGGAGAAAGCUUGGCUUUUGAAAGCUAUCACAGGAGGAGCUCCAUUCAGCAGUCCUUCACUACAGAAGAGCAACAAGAAGAUACUGCAGAUGAUGGUUGUCAAAGGGUAACUGAGCAGGACACAGAGAGUGAGUCUCUAGCCAAUGAAAGGCAAGAGGAACAUCAAGUGUCCGAAGAUGAAAGGCAAGAGGAAAGGGAAGAUGAAGAGGAGGAAGAUGCUGGUGAGAAUGAAGAGGAGGAGGAUGAACCAUCAGCUCCUUCCCAAAGUGAAGAUGAGGCAGGAGAAAGUCACAGUCAAGAAGCAUCACAUGAAAGGUGUAAAGGCUGCGAAAAAGAUGAAAAUCUCACUCCACCAGCACCAUUUGAUCAUAGGAUUGUCUCAGCCAAAAGGACAGGCAUCAGCAGUUACUAUAAUGUCAGCAAGAAUGAAAUCCUGGGAGGGGGACGAUUUGGCCAAGUGCACAAAUGUGAAGAGAAAGCAACAGGUCUCAAACUAGCAGCCAAAAUUAUAAAAGCCAAAGGUGAUAAACAAAAGGAUGAGGUAAAGAAUGAAAUCAAUGUUAUGAAUCAGCUGAACCAUGUGAACCUCAUCCAGCUGUAUGAUGCCUUUGAAUCCAAAAAUGACAUUGUCCUGGUCAUGGAAUAUGUGGAAGGAGGAGAAUUAUUUGACCGAAUUAUUGAUGAAAACUACAAUUUGACAGAGAUGGAUACCAUCUUGUUCAUAAAACAGAUCUGUGAGGGGAUUCAGUACAUGCACCAAAUGUAUAUUCUUCAUUUGGAUCUCAAGCCUGAGAAUAUCCUUUGUGUGAACCGAGCAGCAAAUCAAAUAAAAAUUAUUGAUUUUGGAUUGGCAAGAAGAUAUAAACCCAGAGAAAAACUUCGAGUUAACUUCGGGACUCCAGAAUUCCUUGCACCUGAAGUUGUGAAUUACGAGUUUGUUUCCUUUCCUACCGACAUGUGGAGUGUAGGGGUCAUUGCUUAUAUGCUGCUGAGUGGAUUGUCUCCUUUUUUGGGUGAUGAUGACAAUGAGACUCUGAAUAAUAUCCUGGCUUGUAGCUGGAAUUUUGAAGAUGAGGAAUUUCGAGAUGUUUCUGAUGAGGCCAAAGAUUUCAUCUCAAAGCUUCUCAUCAAGGAAAAAUGCUGGAGAAUAAGUGCAACUGCUGCCUUAAAACAUCCAUGGUUAUCAGACCACAAGCUCCACUGCAGACUCCAGAAGAAGGCUAAAGGGGGCUGUGUGUCUCCAGCACCGCUGGCUCAAUAACCUCUCCAAAAGAGCUGCCAAACAGAAGAAAAGCUGCUGUGUGGUUACUGCUGCUAAGAGAUUUGAAAAUAUCAGCAGUCUUGGUGCUUUAGCCCCCUGCCAUGACCCAGACUUCUACUAAAUGGACCAACAGCAUAUUAGCUGCAGGACAAGUCCAAG